AUGCUAGUGCCAGCUCAAGUCGCCAGGGCACAGGGCAACUUUUGUUACCUGUACCUGGACGACUGGCUGCUCAGGGCGCUUUCCACUCACUUGAGUCGGGAAUCCACACAGACGGUGAUGGAUAUUCUCACCAGGUUGGGUUGGGUCAUCAACCUUAAGAAAUCCGAGCUGGUUCCAUCCCAGGAUCUGGUUUUCUUGGGGCCGAGAUUCGAGACACAGCAGGGCUUAGUUUCUCUGUCUCAAGACCGCAUUUCCAAAGUCCAAAGGGUUGUUUUACAAUUCCUUCAGUCCCCCAGGGCACUCACAUGGCUUCAGUUGCUAGGCAACAUGGCGGCGACGGUGGACGAAGUUUGGCGUCGCUGCCUGAGGAUGCGCCAGUUCAGCAAGCGAUCCCGGAUCCGGGAGCCAUCGCCCGACGCCUUCCAGCUAGAUUGGACGGACAGGGUGCUGUGGGCUUUCCCACCGAUACCCCUGAUUCCCAGAGUCCUAUCGCAGCUAGCCACCCAACCAGCGACUACUUGUGCUUCUUGCACCUCUGUGGUCGCCUCAAUGCUGGUUCCCGGUAAUACUCAGAUCGCUAGUACAGCCUCCUGUGCUAUUACCGAUGCGACCGGACCUCCUAUUCAAGGAAGGCCAGCCACACCCGGAUCCAUGGAUCCAGUGGGUGGCUUUGGCCACUACAUCGACGAAUGUACGGAUAAGGAGAAAAAGUGUAAUAGCACCAGCGAGAUCUGCAAGAACAACAACGGCUCAUACGCAUGUUCAUGCAAACCCGGAUACGAGCUGAGAGGGAAAGGCUGUAUUGAAACCUUGUUGUUUGAUAACAGUAACGGUGUGAGUGGUGAUCGCGAGAUCUAUGGACCCUACUUUGCUCCAGGAGGACUGCCAUACUUUGGGAAGACCUAUUUUGCUAUCUAUGUGAGUCGAGACGGCUAUAUCCUCCUUGAUCAAUACAGGACUUUAAAAAACCCUGCUCUUAACGCCAGCGACUGGCCUUCAGGUGUGGUGGCGCCAUAUUGGUCACACUGGGACAUUCCUGCAGAAGGAGCUGCCCUGUAUGUCACUGAAUAUAUGAAGAAUCAGCAAGAUGACAACAACACAUUGAACAGAAUACAUCAAGUGUUGAAUAAAAACUUAACUGAGAAUAUCUCAGUAGAAUAUGCCUUGGUGGCUACUUGGAUGGAUGUUAUUCCCUACCCGGCUGAUCAAUACAAGGGAUUUGAGAAUGUGACUUUCCAAGUAGUCCUGGCCACUGAUGGACAGAAGACCUUUGCAUUGUUUGUGUACGAUCAACUCAACUUGGCAGACAACUCCGCGCUGGUGAUAUCUAGAGGUUACAGCACACAGUCAGGAGCUUCAGUCCUCGGUGCUGUUGCCAAAGGAAGUCGUAGUCUUGAGGCCUACAAGAUGUUCAGUAAUAGCAGUACUUUACCUGCUAAUGAAAACUACAAAUGUCUGGACCGGUUAGCAGAAAUACCUCAACCAGAUUCUGCCAGUGCAUAUUACAGAAACAGGUGCCCCUGUACAAGGAAACAGGCACUGCUUGACAAAUGGUUCAUGUAUAAUACCACGGAGGACUGUGCCAUUCUGAGGUUCGACCCUGAAAGAGGAACAUGCAAAUAUGACCCAGUUUACGGAACUCUUCUGUCCAAUGAGAAAGGAGCAGGUUAUCUAAGGGGCAGCAACACAUCAGUAGCCAGCCAAGUUGAUGCUGUCAACAGCGUCUGCUGUAGCAGCAACAGCGCUUUGUGUAAAGUCUUCUAUGCACAGUACCCCUCUGACACCUGUGCAAACAACACCAUUGUGACUUCAGGUUACUAUUGGGGAAGUCCUGUGUCCAAGGUGUCCGCUGGAACUCCAUACAUUUUCAAUGGCAUAGGGGAGUAUGUCCUGUUUGGCAGCAGCAGCGGACCUGUGAUACAGGGGAGGCUGCAGAGAGUAGCUGACAACAUCAACGUCACGGUCCUCACUGCCGUUGCUAUUGAGGUGAAUCAUGUUACUGUGGAGGCCAUGCUCGGAGCUGAUAAGAACUCAGUGGAGUUCUACCAUCAGGGUGUCAUGCUUCAGAAUGGCGAUAAGAUGGAGGACUUUAUGCUGGACGGAAACACUAUCAUUUUCCGAUAUGGCCAGUAUGUCCAGGUGACAGCCAGUGGUCAGUUACUCGUGUCAGUGUUCACGCCCCAGACUGACAAUGCCAUCUUUAAUUCUGGACUUGUGUCUGUCAUGGCCAGUGAUGCUGUCCCACAGGAAAAAGUUGAUGCGGCCAAGGUAAUGACUGAAGGUGACUCCAAAUUCAACUACAGCCUAGCCACUGGCAACUUCUCCACCAUAUCAGCACAGUCCAUCACCCCUCUCUCCUACUCCAACUUCACCGUGUACAGAGAUGCCCUCUACAGCUCCAAUGCCACUACAAUUGACACAGCCAACACCACCUGCGGCGACGAUGUUGCUUGUCUUGUCUCCUACAAGGCCCUGUCUGAUGCCAGUGCUGCUUCUGGACUCAGGGGUAAAAUGGAGGACAUCAAACAGCACGAGACCACUCUCAACAUGAAACCACCCAUGUUUUCUGCGUUACCCCGAAUUUGGAAUGUGACAAAGGGAGAAUAUUCACUGGUUGUCAAGGCAACAAAUGACUUAGACGCUACCUACAGUGUCAUUACAUCUGAAGACGGGGCUGUAUACUCCUACAAUGAGACAAGUGGUGAGUUUACAUGGAAUGUAACAAUGGACUUGUCAAAGACACAGAAAACCUUCCAGUUUCUGGCGACUGGUGGACUUAAUGCCACGUAUACCCCAGCAGUGGCGGUGUGUCUGUGUGCAGAGACAUCACAGUGUGACUACAACAUCAUCAACUACAACGAGAAGAGAACAUCAGGAUUAUUUUCCCGAGCACUUUGCCGAUGUCCCGAAAACACAAAGGGAGACUACUGUCAGGAAGUCAAACCUGUGUGUCAUGGUCAGUGUUUCCUUGGCGCAAUGUGUAAUGAAUCAAGGGCAGAUAACCCCUGCACAUGUCCAAAUGGUUUGGAAGGCGAUGGUAUAAGAUGUUAUGAUAAGAACGAGUGUUCUGACAAUGUGUGUGGCGACCACUCCGUGUGUACCAACCUCCGAGGCAGCUACAACUGUUCCUGCAUCAAGGGCUACCAACUUCAGGACAACAAGUGUAUCGACAUAGAUGAAUGUAAGACCAACAGCUGCCCCGGGUACAAUGACAGUCUCCGGCAGUUCUGCGAGAACACUGAUGGAGGAUGCAAGUGGUCAUGUCGCCCCACCUUCAAGGGAAGAUACUGCACCAACAGAGCCACUUACACAUUUGGUGGGCAGAUCGUCUUUGCUCAGGUUCCGGGGAGGGACCAAGUCUGGACGUCAGACCUCAACGACAAGAAGUCAGAGGCCUUUAAAAAGCUGGCUGAGAAAGUGGAGAAAGUUCUGAAGGAGGCCAUGAAAAUCCAGAAUGAUACCGUGACGGUCACAGAGUUUAAGCUGGUGGAAGGAACAACAGGUGAUAGAACCCGGCAAAAAAGACAAACAGAAAAUGGUGAGAUUGAAGCGAAGUUCGAGGUUGGCACAAACACACCUACCUCCGCAGCACCUCUACAAGCUUCUCUGGCAGACAGUUUCUCCUCCUGUCCUUCUGGAAGUUCCUGUACCCUGGGGAGCGGAGCUGAUAGUCUGAUCGGAGUUAAUAAAGGGAUGACAAAUUUGUCAGAUGACUAUGACCUGUGUGGUAGUGACACCAACAAUAACUGUCACGCUGCCUCCACUGUCUGCACCAGCAGUAACGGCACUUUCACAUGUACGUGUCGUCCGGGCUUCAAAGUGUGGCCACUACAUGAAAAUGCCUGUGAAGACAUCAACGAGUGUGACAACAUGACGGCAGCGUGUGGAGGGAAGGGAACCAACUGCACCAACCUACUGGGCACCUACUCCUGCAGCUGUCAGAAAGGCCACUACUGGACCAACCCCACGGACAAGUGUCAGAGUAAAUGCAAUGAAGUUCCCUGUAAGAACGGCGGCUCCUGCAUCAACAUGCCUGGAGAGGAUCCUGGAUUUGCCUGCAGAUGUCCGUCCGGGUGGGUAGGGUCAACGUGUGAAGACAAGGACCCUGAAGCUGAGAGGAGGAAGAUUAUUAUCAUUGCGGUGUCUGCCAGUCUUGGUGGUCUGUGUUUCUUCCUGUGCUUGUGGGGCUGUGCUGUGUCUGCAGAAAGAGAAAUCCUCCCUCGAAAUCCAGAGGACAGUCCUUUGAUGUGUUAGAUGAUUCAAAUGACUAUAUGGCUGAGACGAGGAUACCACGCCCUCAAGUUAGAAGACAGACAGACAAUCUAGAAAUGGUAGAAAAUGGUAGCAAAACAAAUUUAUUGAUUGAGGAAGAGCAUGCAUUCAAGGAACGCCAGGCGUCUUUCAACAAGCACACCAAGUUUGAAAAGGAUCCCAGUGAUUCACACAGCUACAUCAACAAAGCCUACCAUCAAGAAAACGGAGCAGAUGAAGACCGCUAUGAGAGGCUGUAGUACAGUGUGCAUCAUUGUCAGAAACUUGUUAAACAUUGUCAGAAACUUGUUCACCAUUGUCAGAGACUUGUGUAACAUUGUCAGAAAUGUGUGUAACAUUGUCAGAAACUUGUGUAAUAUUGUCAGAGACUUGUGUAACAUUGUCAGAAACUUGUGGAACAUUGUCAGAAACAUCAUCAGCAACAGCAACAUUGUCAGCAGGAUAUGCUGUGGACAAUGACAGCAUUGUCUUUUCUUUAUUAUAAUUUCAAUCACAUGGAAAAUGUUGAUAGGUAUUAUCAUGAUAUAUCCUAAUAUUGUAACUCUAAACUGUUUAAUAUUUUACUGGACUAUUGAAGUAGAGUCACAAUCAUGAUAUUGAUACAUGUGAAUAUAAGCUGUGGCAAGUCUAUUACAGCUCAAAAUUAAUUGUUUUUACGGAGUACCUGAUAAGUCAUAUAUAUUAUCAAAAAUGUUGGCUAAAUCCAUACCAAACUGCAUAAGCUUAAUCAAUCAGAUCAUCGUAACCCUAAUGCUCUGUCACCAUCGAUUAAUGGCAUAUAUCUCGUCAUAGUGUGAAAAACAAA